AUGGAUGAUUUAGAUAUGAAUGACAUCGGAAAUGAUCAUUACGAUGAUAAAAAUCAUCAAUGUUCUGGUGAUUCAGAGAUUCUACAUAAUGAUGAAAAUCAAUCGGAAAUCCAAGUUCAAAGUGACAAUGUUGCAGCACAAUAUGGCUCUUGCAAACAAUUUAUUGGAGCUGAUGGUUCUUUCUUUUGGAUUCCAGAGGUUGAAGCUAGGUGGAUACCUCAUAUGGGUUCAAUUUUUAAAGAUAUCAAAGAUGCUAUUAAGUGGAAUAAAGGAUAUGCAUUAAGAUCUGGUUUUGAUAUUAGAAAAUAA